AUGUCGAUAGAUUUCAAAAAGGAGAUUGAAGCAGCUAUUGAAGAUGUAUCAUAUGGAGUAAAGGAAUUAAAAGUAUUGGACAAAGACCCAAGAUCAGAUGUCGAUGGUGGAGUUGUACUCUUUAACAUUGAAUGUCAUGAACCAUUAUCUAUAUUGAUUCGAAUGUCUAUGCAUGAGGGAUUUAGUCUUAUCGAAUUAAAAGGUGAACUUGAUCAAGAAUCAUCUGCUAAACAAGAUCAAUCUCGAUCAUCACCUUGUACACCACCUGUAUUUGAUUCACUUCCUAAUAUAGUAAUGUACUAUAGUCAUUCAUUUCAACAAAAAUUCAAUGAACUCUUAUUUAGUAAAUUGGCUGGACUAAAUAGAUAA